AUGGAAAGUGUCUACCUGUGCUCAGUGCUGGCUUUGGUGCACCAUGCCCUCGCUGUGACUUGGCUGUAAGUAAACCCUAGAAUCACAGAAUGGCAGAGUAGGAAGGGACCCCAGGGGUCAUCUAGCCCAACCCCCUGCAAUAGAGAAGUCUUUUGCUCAACGUGGGACUCAGCCCUGAGAUUAAGAGCUUUGUGCUCUUGCCGACUCAGCUACUUGGCUUGCCACUUGCCAAAACUUCGCAAAGGGAGGAAGGGGUGGGGUUGGUAGACGAUACUUCCUGUGGGAUUAAUUCACAGGAAAGUGAGAAGGACACGCUCCAAAGGAGAACUGCAGUCAGAGGGCUUGAGGCGGAUGACUUCACUUUGCCUCAACUACAGUGGUACCUCUGGUUACAAACUUAAUUCAUUCUGGAGGUCCGUUCUUAACCUGAAACCGUUCUUAACCUGAGGUACCACUUUAGCUAAUGGGGCCUCCCGCUGCCGUCGCACGAUUUCUGUUCUCAUCCUGAGGUAAAGUUCUCAACCUGAGGUACUACUUCCCGGUUAGCGGAGUCUGUAACCCGAAGUGUUCGUCACCCAAUGUGUUUGUAGCCCGAGGUACCACUGUAUUCUGUUGAAUAGUAGCUGCUUCUGACUAUGGGGGGGAAUCGCUCAAGAAUGCAGAAAUGCAGCCACCUGCAGCUGGGUCAUAAUGACAUGGGCGAGGGGAUUGAUUCCCCUUUCCCCAAACUGUUUAACAAUCUUGUCUCCAAUGCGUCCCCUUCCCCGCCCUCCCUUUUGCAUAGAUACCUGGCUAAACAGCCGUCCCUCCGAGGGCUUGUGAGAGACCCCAGCGCCUGCGAAAGCUUGAAGGGUUUGUCACAGGAGCAAGUGAGGAUAUGCCAUCGCCAAGUGGAAGCCAUGGACUCGGUAAAGCAUGGCGCUGAGGUGGCCCUCAAAGAGUGCCAGCACCAGUUUCGCAACCGCCCCUGGAACUGCUCCACCCUGCAGGGGCUGCAGGUUUUCGGAAAAGUUAUUCUGCAAGGUCAGACUUCAUUAAUAACAUGACUAGGGCAUACCAGUCAGUCAGUCAGUCAGUCAGUCAGUCAGUCAGUCAGUCAACCAACCAACCAACCAACCAAUCAAUCAAUCAAUCAAUCAGUCAAUUAAUACACUUGUAUUCCUUCUUUCCUCCAAGGAGCUCAAGAUGGGGCACACUGUUCUCCCUGCCCCUCCAUUUUUUCCUCACAGCAACCCCAGGAAUAAGGUUAGGUUGAGAGACUACGGCUUCGCAAGCACCAUACAUUUAAAGCACAUGUAGGUAAAGGGACCCCUGACCAUUAGGUCCAGUUGUGGCCAGCUCUGGGGAUGCGGCGCUCAUCUCGCUUUACUGGCCGUGGGAGCCGGCGUACAGCUUCCGGGUCAUGUGGCCAGCAGGACUAAGCCGCUUCUGGCGAACCAGAGCAGCGCACGGAAACACCGUUUACCUUCCCGCCAGAGCAGUACCUAUUUAUCUACUUGCACUGGUGUGCUUUCAAACUGCUAGGUUGGCAGGAGUUAAAGCACAUGACUUCCCCCCAAAGAAUUCUGGGAACUGUGGUUGGUUAAGGAAGCUGAGAAUUGUGACUCUGUGAGGGGUUAAACUACAGUUCCCAGGAUUCUUUGAGGGAUGCCAUGUGAUUUAAAUGUACGGUGUGUACGCAUCUCCACUGGCCCAAGGUCACACGGCACACUUCAUGAAUGCAUGGGGAUUUGAACUCUGAUCUAGUUCUAGUCCAACACUCUAACCACUACACCACUCCCAUCUAAACCCCAUAUUCUUAGUAUCAGCUUGGGUUUUUAUGGUAACAGCAAAUGGAACCCUAACCCAAUAUAGAAUCUGAACUAAAUUGGCAUACAGUGGUACCUCGGUUGUCAAACCUAACCUGUUCCAGAAGACCGUUUGACUUCCGAAACAUUUGACAACUGAGGCACAAAGGGCGGUCAGCAAAGUCAAUGGAGAAAAUUGAAAAAAGUGCAGCAGAAGCUGUUUGACUUCCAAGGCACAUUCGAAAACAGGAGCAUUUAUUUGCGUGUCGAGACCCCGCAGCCAUCCCCUUGUUGGAAAUAACUCACACAAGGACACAGAUAUUAGGUUUAUGUUAUUGGGCAAAUUUUGGCCACAACUUUCUUGAAAUUACAGAAUGUGAGCAGUACUGGCUUAGGCAUUGAUUGGACCUGACUAUAUCUGACUCCUGCCCAUUGUGCAGGAAGUCCAGUAAGGGUAAGCCACCGGUAGGGGGAGCCCUGUCGAUGCGAACCAACUCAAGCUCCCCCUGGUGUUCCCGUCGGGGUCGUGUCAAGGCUUUAGCCCCCCAGCCGGGCUUCAGACUAGAUCAACACCCCCGGAUUCCUUUAACGGAAUACCCUUAAGCAUGGAGGGGCAGGGGAAGGCCACACCUCCCCUCCCCCACACAAGGUCAAACAAUGUCUAACCGCAACCCUAACAAAGUUGUGAUGAUUGCUAUGAGGUGGGCGAAAACCAAGUGGCCAGUUUCAAUUUGCCAAGUGGAAAAAUUCCUACCAGGUCCCUCGGACAACCAAGGCGACCAACCAAAGUCCAUAGCAAGGCCAUUGCCUAACCUGCAAAAUAGGGAGGGAGGGUGGGUGACUGAGGAAGUGAGCCAAAGAGGAAGUCCUCUGGCUCGCUCCUCCGUUUAAACGGCCACGGCCAGUGGACUGGCUGGCCGGGCUCUGAUGUGGCCGGGAUCCCCCAGGCAACGGGGGACGAAGUCCCCUGCCCCUGGUGGGGAGUGGGUGGCCAUGCGGUCCACCGCAACUCCUCCCCACUGGGAAGUGGAGCGGGUUUCUGGGUUUUCAGUGUUUGAAAACUGAAACGUUUAGCUUCUGAGAUGCUUGAAUACCGAGGUACCACAGCAGGACUCCACAGAGUUUCAUAUUUCUGGCAAGGGAACUUGUUUGCUAUGCUGUUAUGCAGUACUUAAUAUAAGGAACUUGGUUCAUAUGGCGCCUGCCCAACUUUCUACAGCAACCAGACUAAGCCAUAUAACUAGAGCAGGAACAAAGAGAAAUGAUGAGGGAAAAGCUUCGUGCAGAUGUUUCCUCAGCAUUCCUCCGAAAAGGCGUCGCUGAGAAGGGAGAUCUUGCAAGUAAGAGGUCUUGGAAUAAACACUAGCAAAAUCUUUCUGUCAUGGAUGUCAUCUUUCUGCUUGGAUUCCUCAACUACCUCUGAAUUUAGACUGCUUCAUUUAAUUCAGUGGCUCAGAGAUGCUCUUGUGUCUUGACAGUGAAGAAAGGAUGGAUGAAAUUUGGGGAGAGGAUUCCACCCAAAAGAUACUCGUGCAAUACCUAUUUAAGAUAAGGUUUCAUACUGCCUUCUGGGUGUGGGUACACUGUAUAUCUCUAUAAGAAUGAACAUUGCAUGCACACACAAAUCCAUAUCCUCCAAAAUUUAUCCGAUGAAAAAUAGGGACGUCCCAUUUCAUAAUGAUAAUUUUACUAUUUAUACCCCACACAUCUUACUGGGUUGCCCCAGCCACUCUGGGCAGCUUCCAGCAUAUAUAAAAACACAACAAAACAUUAAACAUUUAAAGAACUUCCCUGUACAGGAUUGGCUUCAGAUGGCUUGGGGGUCAGAUAACGCCGUACCCUCCAUUUCUCCAAUGAAAAUAGGGACAUCCUAAGGAAAAGCAGGACAUUCAGGGAUCAAAUCAGAAACCGGAAUAGCUUCUCUAAAUUAGGGACAUCCCAGGAAAAUAGGGACAAUUGGAGAGUCUGCAAAUCCACACACACACCCUCAAAAAGCGUGGAACCUGCCACUAAAGGGAUGGGCUUUGCCCGUACUGCUAGCGUCUGUCUUGAGAGACCAUGGAGCGCACCUCCAUUGGGGGUGAAGUCAAACUUUCGCAUUAGCAGAACCGAAGUGACCUCCCCAGAGCGCAAGCCUGGGCAGUGUGUAUGGAGGUGCAGGGCUGCCCAGACAACCAGACCCCCGCCCCCCAGCCUUGCUGAUGGGGUCCAAAGGAAAGUAGAGCAAUACGUAGAAAGUAGAGUGUUAUGUGCUGAGCUGAAUCCUAGAACAAUAGGAUCCAGAAUGCAGCAGUUUGACUGGUCCGCAGGAGCCAUCCAAUCCAGCUCCAGGUGGGAGUGAAUCAGUGACCUGAUUGGCCUGCAGGAGCAGCCCAGAAUUAGCCAAUCACAUGGGGCCCAUUGUGUAAAUAAUGUAUAUAUAGGUAGACGUUUUGGGGAAAGUUUCAUUCAUUGCUACCACGAGCUGAAUAAAGAGCAUGAAAUUCGCACUUGACUCUGAGAAUAUUUCAUAGAGCUUGGCUGCAGGACAAGGCACCAUCCAACCAUCUUAGAGAUGCCACUGGGUUUGUGUAAGGCUUCCUGCUGGGUUUUUCUUCUCCCAGAGAUAUUCCACAAGACAGCGGAGCUUUAGGAUCAGAGUUUUCCUUCUCCUAGAUGGGCUACCGUUUCCCAGGCUGACAAACCCCACCUGCCCCUCACUUCCCUCUAUUUCCCAAGUGCAGUGUUUGGCAUCCCACCCCCAAAUAAAUGGCAAUCAUUCACCUAGACUGGAGACAAUAAAGGGUGCACUCUAUAUACAAAGGGGUACAUGGACGUACACACACAUUCUCAUACACCCAGAGGCCUUCCUAGGCACUGCAAAGACUCAGGGUAGAAGCCCCACAACACACAUUUGUAUAGGCUAAUUUAUUUGUAGAGAUGCCUCUUGGAAAUUAAGGGGGUGGGUGGGUGGGGUAUCACCAGCCCUCUGCUUUGCAGUGCCCCCCUCCCAUUUGCAAAGUCAGCACUCAAAAAAUGCUUUAAGAAAGGGAUCGGGCCUGGGGCUUGAGCCCUCUAAGCCACCUCUCAUCAGCCCUUCUGCUAAUACAUUCUUUUCUGCAGGCACUCGGGAAUCGGCCUUUGUUCACGCUGUCUCUUCAGCCGGGAUCGCAUUUGCUGUGACCCGAGCCUGUAGCCGCGGCGAACUGGAAAAGUGUGGGUGUGAUCGCAAGGUCAGAGGAGUCAGCCCUGAAGGUAAGGAGAAAUAUAGCUGGCAUGAACUAGUAAUCAUGCCCCGGUCUAAGGAGGAGAGCGUGAGUAAUAUGAGCAAGGGGAAAUGUCAGUUUCAGAAUGGAAGCACUCUGGCGUUCCUAGCUAUGUGGAAGAGUAAGGGAAGAGCAAUUAGCUUUGACUGGAGGGAGAGGCUCCCAUAGGCACCCUGAUUUUGUUCUUGUCCUUAGGAGGAGGAGCUGCUGUGAUUCAUUUCUGCAGAAGCACAGAAAACCACAUUACAAUGCCUCAUAAGAAUCGGCUUUUUAUUUGGUUUUAAGGAAGUUGCUUGGACUUCUAGUUGCAAAAAAAAAUAGGGCUGGGACUGUGUGUGUGUAUAAGGCCUCCUAGAUUGAACCUCAGAACCCAAUGGGGUUGUCGGCAACACUUUUAGUGGUUAGAGGCUAAGACUUUGGCAUCUUUCUUUCCAUUCUCCUCUACAGUCAUACCUUGGAAGUCGAACGGAAUCUGUUCUGGAAGUCCGUUUGACUUCCAAAACGUUUGAAAACCAAAGCACGGCUUCUGAUUGGCUGCAGGAAGCCCCAUCAGACGUUUGGCUUCCAAAAAUAGCUUGCUAACCGGAACACUCACUUCUGGGUUUGCGGCGUUCGGGAGUCAAAACGUUCGAGAACUAAGCUGUUCAAAAACCAAGGUACAACUGUACUAGAAAAAAAAAUGGAACAAAUACAUUUUGGAAAAUAAAAUUUAAAAGCCCCUGCAAAUUUGUCUGGCUUGUGCACGUUGCAGAAUUCAGGUGCUCUGGUUGCGGAAUGUUGAGCGUGCAUUUUAGUACUGACUGUACAGAACUCUGUUCCCUCUUCUUCCCCAACCCAACAGGGUUCCAGUGGUCAGGCUGCUCUGACAACUUGUCCUAUGGCAUUGCCUUCUCCCAGGCCUUCGUGGACACCACGGAGCGGAACCGUGGCGCUUCCUCCAGCAGAGUACUAAUGAACUUGCACAACAAUGAAGCAGGCAGAAAGGUAAGUCUCAUGAUGGGGCUCAUCCAUGCUGCUGUUUCAGGUGGGUCGGGAGCUUCCUGUCACAUACUCUCCAACAUUUCUCCAAUGAAUUAGUGACGUCCUUAUCAAUAAUAAUAAUAUUUCUACCCUGCCCAUCUGACUGUGUUGCCUCAGCCACUCUGGGCAGCUUCCAACAUAUAUAAAAACACAAUAAAACAUUAAACAUUUAAAAAAAUCCUUCCCCAUACAGGGCUACCUUCAGAUGUCUUCUAAAGGUUGUAUCUUAUCUCCUUGGCUUGGGGGUCGCAUAACUCCAUACCCUCCAACAUGAAAAUAGGGAUGUCCUAAGGAAAAGCGGGACAUUCUGGGAUCAAAUCAGAAACCAGAGCGGCUUCUGUAAACCUGAGACUGUCCCUGGAAAAUAGGGACACUUGGAGAGUCUAGAAUUCACCCUUUUAGGCAUGGAAUACUUUGGUAAAGCUUUCCCCUCUCCUACACAUGUACCUGUUUGUAGCACAAAGGUGUAGCUAUUAACAAUAAUAAUAAUUAAAAAAUGCUCAUCCUCAACAUGCUGCUUUCAGUCUAUGUUGAUUCCAGAUCCUGCCCUGCACAAAGGUGGGUGUGAUUUCUUGAUAUGCAGUUGAAAACUCUCCCCUUGGUUAUGCUAUCCAUGCCUUUUCCUCCCUGCACAUGAAUGAAGAAGGAAGUGGUGAUUGUGAUCUUGCUGUACAUGCCCAGAAGCAACAUCACUGGGCCCAUGUGGAAACAUCCUCCAUUGCUGGGACCACCUGCCUCAGUUUUCACACUUAUGCAGAAUCCACCUUCAAUGAGCUUUUAUUUUCAGAAUGAAAGCAGUUUCUGGAGAAACACUUUUCAGGAGUCAAAAAAUAUGCACUAGAUCUAAACUGUGUGUGCACUUUGUAGAAAACAAACAAACAGUGAUUCUACAAUAAAAUGUUCACAGCUGAAUUCAGUGCUUUGCCAAAUCUGAUCUUCCACUCUCUGAAAGUUUUCUUCUCCAGUAAGAGAGGCUUCUGUUGUUUUGCUUUGUUUACAUGGUGGUUUGAAAUUUCUUAAUAAUAUUGUUGGACUCAGGCUUGGGCUCAUCUUAUUGUUGUGAGGUGGUCAACAGUGCAAUAAUUUCCCUUAAAUAUAUAUUUGCUGCUCUGCAGCACCCCCCACCUGCCCAUUCUUCCAUAUCGGGGGGGGGGGACUUAUGGGAGGAGUUACCUCAUGACAUCAUCCUCUGGGUUUUAAAGAAUGUAUAGAAAACAAGGCUAGCUACCUAGCACCUGAGACUGAUACACUUGCUGGUUUUGUUUUUAAGGAAAGUUCUUCCAUUUACUGUUUUGGGUUUUUUUGUUUUACUUUUUUUUACUUUUUAAAGAAAGCUUUCUGCACAGAUUACAGUCGUACCUUGGAUCCUGAACGCCUUGUGAGUCAAACGUUUUGGCUUCUGAAAGCCGCAAACCCGGAAGUGAGUGUUUCGGUUUGCGAACAUUCUUUGGAACCCAAACAUCCAUUUCGGCUUCCAAUUGGCUGCAGGAGCUUCCUGCAGCCAAUAAGAAGCCGUUCUUUGGUUUCCAAACGUUUUGAAAGUUGAACGGACUUCCGGAAUGGAUUCCAUUCGGCUUCUGAGGUACGACUGUACUUUAAAAGUAAACCGACUUUACUUUUAAAAAACCAACAAUGACGGACAGCUGCAGGCACAUAGCAGACAGCCUUUCUGACUUCCUGCACUUAAAGGAAAGUGCAGCUGAGUACAUCAAGAGGUUUCAAGGAAGUGCAGGCACCUAGGAAGGCUGCAGAAUGGACGCCACCAGAGAAACUCCUUAUAAAAAGACAGAGCACUUGCAAAACCCUUUGGCCACGUCAAAAGUUAAGUAAAUGCAUCAAUAACCUCCCUCCUUAUCCAAGAAAACUUCACCAAAGUUUUCCUUCUCGUUUGAUAAUUUUCAAAUGCAGUUUCUUUCCAUGCUGAUGGUGAGCAUUUGGGGUGGGGGGAACACAGACAAAAUUUCCAGCACGUGCGGGUUCGCAUCAUGCACAUGACAGACAUCUCUAGCUCCUGACGCUUCUGCUACACUGAAAUAUGCUCCGAGUCGAGAGUGGAUUUCAUGCUCUUUAUUCAGCUCAUAGUGGUGAGGAGGAAUGAAAAUUCCCCCAAAGUAUCUGCUUUAUAUACAUUAUUUACACAAUGGGCUGCACGUGAUUGGCUAAUUCCGGAAUUCUCCUGUAGGCCAAUCAGGCUGUGGAUUCACUUCCAUUAGGAGCUGGAUUGGGUGGCUCCUGCGGACCAAUCAUGCUGCUGCAUUGUUCUAGGACCAAUCAGACUGCUGCAUUCUGAAUCCUAUUGUUCUAGGACCAAUCAGACUGCUGCAUUUUGGAUCCUACUCUAGGACCAAUCAGACUGCUGCAUUUUGGAUCCUAUUCAACUCAGUACAGUGGUACCUCGGGUUAAGUACUUAAUUCGUUCCAGAGGUCUGUUCUUAACCUGAAACUGUUCUUAACCUGCAGCACCACUUUAGCUAAUGGGGCCUCCCGCUGCCACCGCGCCGCCAGAGCACAAUUUCUCUUCUCAUCCUGAAGCAAAGUUCUUAACCUGAAGCACUAUUUCUGGGUUAGCGGAGUCUGUAACCUGAAGCAUAUGUAACCUGAGGUACCACUGUACAUAACAUACACAAAACUUGAAGGUGCCCCAGGAAUCUUUGCUUCUGUUUUCCAGGCCAUCCUGACCCACAUGAAGGUGGAAUGCAAGUGUCACGGGGUGUCGGGGUCCUGUGAGAUCCGCACGUGCUGGAAGGUCAUGCCUCCGUUUCACCAAGUGGGCAACCUCCUGAAGGAGAAAUUUGAAAGCGCCACGGAAGUGCACCUGAAGCGCGUGGGGUCCCGAAAGCUGCUGGUACCCAAGAGCUCCCGCUUUAAGCCCUACGCUACUCACGACUUGGUCUACUUGGUGGCCAGCCCAGAUUUCUGUAACUGGGACCCCCGUGGAGGGAUCUUUGGCACCACGGGACGUCAGUGCAACAGGACUUCCCCCGCUGUGGAUGGCUGCGAGCUGCUGUGCUGCGGCCGCGGCUUUCGCACGGCUCAAGCCGAGGUGGUGGAAAGAUGCAGUUGCAAAUUCCGCUGGUGCUGCUCAGUGAAGUGCCGGCAAUGCCGGCAUCUGGUGGAAGUUCACCGCUGCCGCUAG